AUAAAAUUAUAAUUACGUUGUAAAAUGAAAAUGCUAAAUUGAAGUUUAAAAUGUGUGGUACCUAUUAUUAUUCCGGCAACACUCAAAAUUCAAUCAUUAUAUACGUUUGGUUCUUAGAUUGUUUAAUAUUUCUAAUUGACGUCCUUUUUAACAAGAAACUCGUUAAAGUUUCUUAAAUUUAAUGCUAAUAUCAUCAAAUAGUACGUACACUGCAAUUGGAUGUGAUUUCUAAAUACUCUUGUUUGUUGGCUGGGGCACUUGUUUACUAUUGGGACACCAAAUUUCCCUAAGCUGCCAAAUUGGCGGUGUGAACCGAAUAUUCAGCUUUGCUGCAUUUGUUGCUGUAUAAUUAUAUAACACAUUAUACAGAGAAAACGAAGUAUGGCUGCAUUAGACGAUGAACUUAAAACAGUUCGACAACUAUGUGAGAAAACUUUGGAUAAUACAAAGCUUAUUACUUGUGUCGGAGAAAUGGUUCGUGUAGAAAUUAGCACGACAUCAUUUAAUACAAUUAUUUUGUGCAUACAGUUUCCGAGUAACUAUCCAGAGAAUUAUCUUUUAUUGGAAUUAAAAUCCAAAACGUUGUCGAAUGACUUUCUUAAAGGACUUACUACACUAUGUGAGAAAAAUUUAAAAAACGAUAUUGGACAUCCACAGGUGAUGAAAACUAUCAAAUUCAUUCGCACAUAUUUUUUGGAAUAUCCUUUAUGUUGCUGUUAUGAUGAAGUAAAUAAACUCAAGAAUAUAAUCAAAUCAAAUGGUACAUUAAAAUUAAAACAGAAAUCCUGCUGCAUUCAUGUGGAUAUAUUCAGUGGAAAUUAUGAAGUGAAAAUGAGAAUCUUUAUACCCCGAGAAUAUCCAAAUAAAUGUGUCAAGCUUGAAGAAUAUACAGCAAAUUUUCCUGAAGUUUUCAAUUUGUACUUAGUUGGGCAAUUUACUGAGAUUGCUAGGCAAUGUGUUGAGCCUCCAUUGAGAAAAAUAAAAACAAAGAAGCAGAGUGCACCUCAACCUUUUCAAAUUAAACCCAGUUUAGAGCCUUCAGUAAAAUUCAUGAUAGAAACUGUCAUCAGAUUUCAGCAUGAGAAAUGUCCAGUGUGUAAAGAACAAUGUUUACCUGAUAAUCCAAUGGAUGCUAUAAAAUGUGAUAAAAACCCUAAGCAUGUCGAGAGAGCUUUAUGCAAUCAUUUAUAUCACCAGGAGUGUUUAACAAGAUAUUUGGCAUCUCCUCCUUUUCCCCGAGAUGGUAAAAAAUGUCUAAUCUGCACAGAAAGAUUGCAUCACCAGAAGUGGGGAGUGAAUCCAAGACUUGCUGAAGACCGAUGGGCCCACCAGCAGGCUCGUGAAAGAGAGUUAGAUGAAGUGAAAGACUUCUUGCAAUAAAUUAUAAUUUUCGUUACAUUGUUCAACAUGUGUUACAUAUUACUG